AUGGCAACGACAACAGAAGAACACGGCGCAACGCAGAAUGACUCCAUCGACACUACUGCUCACAUAGUCGAUGAGCAUGUCGACACUCCUGAUCGAGACACGGCAAUCGCCGAGCUCCAAGCUGCCCUGGGCCCGCUCCUCGUCACCAAACGGAACAAAGACGAGGUCCCAUUUCCACCAGUCUAUACUGGCUAUCAGUCUCCUCCGCCCGAGGAACCCUACGUAUAUGAGGGCGUUUUCGAUUUCUUCAGCUUGCCACGAGAGUUACGAGACGAAAUAUAUCGUCUUGUCCUGCACCGCCCGGACGGUGUAUACUAUGCUCGACAUUUUAGCCGGGGUUUCGAUUUCUGGUGGAACAGAGGAAAGGUUGAUGACAUUGUGAACCUGUCCCUCGUUUCCAAGCGAGUCCAUGAAGAGGCAUUGGAAACCUUCUGCCGAUGCAACACAAUCGUCUUGGCCCUUCCUUAUUGCACCGAACGAGACGGUCUUGGGAAGCCCCUCCGAGGCCAGCUUCGUCUGUUCCCUGAAGGUGCUGCCGGGGAGUUGACCCAGGUGAAGAACUUGUAUCACGAUGUUGUCGAACGGUUUCUUAGCUAUCGGGGUCCUGCGCCAAGCCAUAGAAGUAUUGAGGAAGGCGGUGACGGUACUGAGAAUCACCGCAAGGACAAUACUUCUCAAGAGACGUUUUAUGAGAUACUAAGGGAUGCGUAUAUCUUCCAAGAAUUCUUCCCAAAGCUUCAUGUAUUUCACGCUCAAUGGCGUCCGCGGAUGGAUGGUCCCAUUGAUCGUAUUGUGCAAUCCAUGAGUACCAACACCAACAGGGAGGAGUGUGUAGCAAUGUGGAUCAAACUUAUGAAGGAAUGGUUGCAGGACGGAAAUGUUGUUCCGUUGGCAUGUAUCAGGUUCAAUUUAGACGAAUCUAUAUACCGCGGAUACGACCAGAGAGUGGACGAACUAGCGAAUGAGGCAUACCAGACAAUAGUGAGUGAGUGGAAGGCAUCCCAAGUGGACAUUGAGGAGAGUGGGAAGCUAUGGCUAGAAGAGAUGGACAAGGAGGAGGUGGCUAGGAAAGGGAAGAAGGAGAAGAAGGGAGGAAAGAGGGCAAAGCAGAGCACAUGA